UUACGGUCCAACGAUAGAUAUGACAGUAACUGCCGACACACAAGAAAGUGCUGAGAUAAAAAAUUCCAAUGGAAACCGUCCCAAAAACGCUCUCAGCAGAUCCGCUUCUAUGCAGGGCCAAUGGGGUCCCGAGCGUAUCGUCUGCGUACCCCGUGAAUUCGGUCAGGAAGGUCUGGGAAUUAGCAUAGUAGGCGGAAAGGCUGAUUUGACAGAUGAGGAAGGAAAACGGGACAUUGUUGGAAUCUUCGUCAAAAACGUAUCACCGAAAAGCCCUGCGGAGAAAACGGGCGGAUUUCAGACAGGAGACCGUAUUUUGGAAGUCGAUGGAGUAGAUUUACGAAAUGCUAGUCAUGAAAAAGCAGUGGAAGUUAUAAGAGGCGCUGAAAGUCCUGUUAAAUUUGUUGUGCAGUCGCUUCUUAAUAUGACACCAUCGCCGAGUACUGAUUUGCUGCAACCUGAGGGAGCAAAAUUAAUUCCUCAAUCGCCGUUUAGAACUGGGUCUGCAACACCUACUGAUUUUAACGAACCCAAAGAAGCCGGAAAAGUAUCGAGAUCGCCUUCAAUUUCAAUACCUGUGAUAAGAGAACCAUCUCUUGAAGAAGAUUCUUCAACUUUAGUUGAAGAUAAGAUUGAAAGAGAUAAUGAAAGUAUUAAGUCUGCCGAAAAAAAAUUUCUGGAGGUGUCUGGUGUUUCGCGAACAUCUUCGGAGAGAUCCUCUCGCCAGGACUCCGAGGAUACGCUGACGGACGAAGAGGGCGAUGAUAUUGAUGAGACUAUGUUAAGCGGCCGAACAUGCAGUGCUGCUGGAAAUGAGAUCGAUCGGGCGAGCGCGGCCAACGUGAAGCGAACAAAAGAGGAAAUUGAAGCCGACCAAGAAAAGGAAGACGAAUUCGGAUAUACAACAA